UCCCGGCCAGCACUGAGGAGCAUCACUAUGGGAUGUGUGCAGGAGAUGAAGUGUGCAGUCUAAUGCAGUCCUGAUGGAUGUAGCAGCUGGAAAUGACUAGCCUCCAUCCCUGACCUGGGAUUUAUCCACAGAGGAGUAGAGGGGAUUAUUGGACUGAUGAGGGGAUCGCCUGGGUGCAAGGAAUAACACAAGUGCACUUUUCUCCUCUUUUUCUUUUCUAUUUUUGUACCUUUGCACUAUUCUUCUUCUUUUUUUUUGGAGAUGAUUGUUUUAUUUCUACUGGCGUGCAUGGUGGAUGGUGUGCUUUCCCAGCUAGCCUACAAGGUGCAGGAGGAGAGGGACCAUGGUACUUUCGUGGGGAAUAUCGCAGAGGAUUUGGGCUUGGACAUUACAAAACUCUCCAGUCGCAGGUUCCAGUCGGCCCCCAACUCCAGGAGCCCUUACCUGGAGCUGAACCUGGAGAAUGGAAUCCUGUAUGUCAAGGAGAAGAUCGACAGGGAGCUGAUCUGCAAGCAGAACCCCUCCUGCCUGCUCCACCUGGAGGUCUUCUUGGAGAACCCCUUAGAAUUCUUCCGGGUGGAGAUUGAGGUGCUGGACAUCAAUGACAACCCCCCGACUUUCCCGGAGUCUGACAUCCAGGUGGAGAUCUCAGAGAGCGCCACCCUGGGCACCCGCUUCCCGCUCGAGAGCGCCUAUGACCCAGACGUGGGCAACAACUCCCUCCGCACCUACGAGAUGACCACCAACAGCUUCUUCACCCUGGACGUGCAAACCCAGGGAGAUGGCAACAAGUUUGCCGAGCUGGUGCUGAAGAAGCAGCUGGACCGAGAGCAACAAGCCCUGCACAGGUACGUGCUAACUGCCAUGGACGGGGGCAUCCCCCAGAGGACGGGCACUGCCCUCCUCACCAUCAAAGUGCUGGACUCCAAUGACAACGUGCCUGUCUUCGAUCAGCCGGUGUACACCGUGUCCAUGCCCGAGAACUCGCCCCCUGGCACCCUGGUCCUACAGCUCAAUGCCACCGACCAGGAUGAAGGUCAAAACGGGGAGGUGGUGUACUCAUUCAGCAGCCACAACUCGCCCCGGGUCCGAGAGGUCUUCAGCGUAGACUCCAGGACUGGUCGCAUGGAGAUCUCCGGGGAGCUGGACUACGAGGACAGCAACAUGUACCAGGUCUACGUCCAAGCCAAAGACCUGGGGCCGAACGCGGUGGCAGCCCAUUGCAAGGUGAUGGUCAAGGUGCUGGACCUCAACGACAACGCGCCAGAGAUCAGCUUCAGCACCGUGAAGGAGUCGGUGAGCGAGGGCGCCCCCCCGGGUACGGUGGUGGCACUCUUCAGCGUCACCGACAAGGACUCUGAGGAGAACGGGCAGAUCCACUGCGAGAUCCUUGGGGAAGUGCCCUUCAGGCUCAAGUUGUCCUACAAGAACUACUACACCAUCGUGACUGACGGCAUCCUGGACCGGGAGCUUGUGCCUUCCUACACAGUGACGGUGCUGGCCAGGGACCGGGGCAGCCCUGCCCUCAGCUCCACAAGGUCCAUCCAGGUGCAGGUGGCCGAUGUCAACGACAACGCGCCCAGGUUCUCCCAGGCGGUGUACAACGUGUAUGUGACGGAGAAUAACGUGCCGGGGGCGUACAUCUCCGCCGUGAGCGCCACCGAUAGAGACGACGAGGAGAACGCUCAUGUGUCCUACAACAUCCUGGAGUGUGACAUCCAGGGCAUGUCUGUCUUCACCUACGUGUCCAUCAACUCCGAGAACGGCUACCUCUACGCCCUGCGCACCUUUGACUACGAGCAGCUCAAGGACUUCAGCUUCAUGGUGGAGGCUCGAGAUGGGGGCAGCCCUCCUCUGACCAGUAACGCCACAGUCAACAUCGUGAUCGUGGACCAGAACGACAACGCGCCUUCCAUCAUAUCGCCCCACGGCAGGAACGGGACGGCCAAGGAGCUGCUGCCCAGGACUGCAGAGCCGGGCUACCUGUUCACCCGGGUGGUGGCUGUGGACCUGGAUGAAGGGGAGAACGCCCGCCUGACCUACAGCAUUCUCAGAGGCAACGACAUGAGCUUAUUCCGCAUGGACUGGAGGACAGGAGAACUAAGGACAGCAAGGAAAAUCACUAGUAAGAGAGACCCCCACAGACCCUUUGAGUUAGUAGUGGAGGUUCGGGACCAUGGACAGCCACCCCUGUCCUCUACUGCACUCAUUCAGGUGGAGAUUGUGGACAGCACUGUAGAGAAACUGAAUGAGAACCACCGCUCCAGUAGAUCCAAUGACACAGCCUUAGACCUCACUCUCAUCCUCAUCAUUGCCCUGGGCUCUGUCUCCUUCAUCUUCCUGCUAGCUAUGAUAGUGCUAGCCAUCAGGUGCCAGAAGGAGAAGAAACUCAACAUCUACAGCUGCCUGGCCAGUGACUGCUGUGUGUGCUGCUGCUCUUGUUGUAGCAGACAAGCCAGAGCUCGCAAGAAAAAGCUCAGCAAGUCAGACAUCAUGUUGGUACAAAGCUCUAAUGUGCCCACUGCUACCCAGGUACCAGUGGAGGAGUCUGGUAGCUUUGGGUCUCACCAUCAUAACCAAAAUUACUGCUAUCAGGUCUGCCUGACCCCAGAGUCUGCUAAAACUGACCUAAUGUUCCUCAAGCCUUGCAGCCCUUCCAGGAGCACGGAUGCAGAGCACAACCCUUGUGGGGCUAUAGUGACAGGCUAUGCUGACCAGCAGCCUGAUAUCAUCUCCAAUGGCAGCAUCUUGUCCAGUGAGAAUAAACACCAACGCACUGAACUCAGUUAUCUAGUUGACAGACCACGACGGGUAAACAGCUCUGCCUUCCAGGAAGCAGACAUAGUAAGCUCUAAGGAUAGUGGGCAUGGAGACAGUGAGCAAGGAGACAGUGAUCAUGACGCCACUAAUCGAGGUCAAUCCUCUGGAGCUGACCUGUUCUCCAACUGUACAGAAGAGUGUAAAGCUCUGGGCCAUUCGGACCGCUGCUGGAUGCCUUCUUUUGUACCCUCCAGUGAUGGCCGUCAGGCGGCAGACUACCGCAGCAAUCUUCAUGUGCCGGGUAUGGACUCUGUUCCGGACACUGAAGUGUUUGAAGCACCUGAGGUGCCUCCAGGAGGGGAGAGAUCCUUUUCUACAUUUGGAAAGGAGAAGGCAUUACAAGGGCUGGCAGGAGUAGGCAAUGGAAAUGGAGGAGGGAGCACACAAGAGAGAAAAGAGCUAGAUGGCCUGCUCUCCGGGACCAGAGCGCCUUACAAGCCCCCCUAUCUGACACGGAAAAGGAUAUGCUAGUCAGAGCUACAGGACUUACCUGAAGCAGCAUGAUUUGCACAAGUUGACCAACAAAAGCAUCAACUUUUCAACUUCAUUAUCCUGGCCAUACAGUCUGGUAUAAAAGAAGGGAUGAAAGUCUGCUGCUGAAGGCAUGGCCAAAAUAAGGACCUUUCUGCUCUCAGCAGGCCUGAGAAAUGAGUUGAAAUGUGAAGAAGAACUGUAGAAACUGAGGAGGCGACCGACCUCGCCUCACUUAUCAGUGUGUGCCUGUUUACAGCACUAUAUAUCUUUCUUUCUCCAAAACGUCACUGAGCCCUUUAGAUGUUUCUAAACACCACAAGAAGCCAAUCGUACAGAUAGAACAUGCAUUAUAAAUGCAAUAUCACUGUUUUAAACUUGACUGUUUUAUAUGAUUUUUUUUUUGUGUGAUGAAGUGUUAACCCAAAUUAUCCAAACUUUACAAGACAGAUUGUGAUCAUGUUAUGUUCACCUGUGGGUCAUAAAAGACAAAAAAAAAAGAAAAAGAAAAAAAUAUUGUUUAUCCACAGACCCAUGGAAUAUCAAGGACAUUCUGUAGUUUAUACACCGUGUUGCAAAGUGUUUACUGUACUAUUUCGAAGCUUCUAAAUAAAUAUAAAGUAUAUAUAUAUAUAUUAUAUAUAAUUUUCUGAAAAAGUGGUACAAUUUAAUUGAUUUAUAUAGCCCACAAGGUAAAAAAAAAAUAUAUAAAAAUAAUAAUUCAGGUCCUAAAUUAUUUAUUUGUUGAUAUAAAUAAUUAUUAAAUAGCGUUUCUUAAUAAUAGAUUUGGACCAAUUCCUGUUCACCCUGCUAAAAGAAGCUGUAAGCUACAUCAGAUUUGUACGGAACUUUAAAUACCAAAGAUGCAGCUUUCAAGAUUGAGCACUAUGACCUACUAUGGCGUAUUUUGAUCUUCCUUAUUUUAUCCUGUGGAUUUUAAUUUUACAGCUACGUUUUAUAAAAAAAUAAAAAUAGCAAAAAUGGGUACUGAUCUGUAAAUGUUGUCAAAAUGACACUGGAUAUUCUGUACAGUUUGAAAUUGUAAAAUAUGUACCUGAAGAUUACUAUUUUGAAAGAUUAGCCCCAAAUCAUAUAAACUUACACGUAUCUUUCUCUAGCAUAGUUUUGUGGAAACUUGAAAAAUAUAUAUCUUCUAAUCUUGCCUAGAAAUGUUUUUUAAUAGACAAAUCAUGAAACAUAGUGUUUUCCAAUUCAUUUUUUACACAGCAAGAUUUCAAGUUAGGAUCAUUUCACAUUAUUAUUAAACACUUCAAUAUUAUCUGUGUCUAUGAUAAUAUUUUUUCAUGGUAAAAUUGUAAAAUAUCUAUAUAUAUAUGAAGAGUUAUAUGUUUUAUUAAAGAAAACGAGUGGCUCAUAAGGACAAUCAUUUGAAAUUUAACUUGAACUUCCAUGUCAAAAAGUUCAAAUAUCAUCAAAAUAUUAAAAUGUUAUUAUUUUUAUUUUAUUUUUUCAUAUUCCAGUGUGUUUGUUGUAAUUCUUUGUCAAUAUUUUUUUAUUUAAAUAUGUCAUAAGAGUUAUUGACUAGAUGUCGUAUUGAACUUGUUUACAAAAGCAAUAGUUUUGAUUGUAUUAGCAAAUGGUUUGGAAUGUGGAUAUAUAUAUAUAUAUAUUGUAUUUCGCUUAAGGCUAGGACUAUGUGAGGGAACCACUAAUGAUGCCUGAUGAGUAAUAAUAUCCACCAUUUCAGAUCAUCUGCCAAUGGCCAGGGAAGUACAGUGUAUAAUCCUUGCUGAAUGGCAUUACUAAAAGCUAUGGACACAUAGGAUAUAGAAAAGUGAUAUUUACAUAAGUAAGUGGUUAUCUUGAGUAAAAUAAGUUGCACUAAGUUUCAGGCUGGAUGUGUCUUUCCAAUGCUGGAUGUGAGUUCUGUGGAUUCAGAAUGCUUCUGCCUUCACUAGCUGUCAUGUACUUGCACAGUUUCAUUUCGGUACUGAUAUCUCAUUCUACAUCCCAUGAAGGAUCUGUUCUCUACUGUGACAACAGACACUAAUGCUGCAGAGAGUGUGAUUUCCCCCCUAGUCCCUCUUUACACAGAUAUACUGCCUGUGUAAUACACUUGCCCCCUUCAUACUGCCAUGUGUGCUCUUCUAUACUGUGAUAUAGUAUAGCCUUUGUGAUCAUGAUCUGCCAUCCAUGAAGACUUGGAUGCUUCCCUCCCUGGCUUCACUGCCAUGUACAAUGUACUCCUUCUCCUGCUGAUAUGUCUCACUCUGAGAGAGUGGAAACAGCAACGUGAGUGCUGUCUGAUCUAUGCUAGAAGAAGAGGAAGCACAGCCAGCUAUGUGAAAAGGUGCACAGACUCUACAGCAAUAAAACGGCAGGACAUUUUUAAUGCCGACUAUUUAGAAAGAAAAUGAACAAAUUAAGUGCCAAGGUGUCCAUAGCAUUUAAUGUUAUCAGCAAAGUAUCACUAGGAUGGAUAAUCAUAGAAAAGUGGUUGUUUCAUCUCAAAAACUUUUUUAAGUAUGCCUAAUUAAGGCACAUGGACAUCAUAGAGGGAUUCUGUUGCUCCUGACCCCGUCAGAGUAUCGAACUAGUUAACGCUUUGUCUCACUUCAUCAAAAGGUAUUUAAGGCACUCACUAAUGUAUUGUGAUUGUCUGUAUUGCUUCCUUUGCUUGGUAACUUAAUUUUUUUCAUCACAUUAUACAUGGCUUGUUUCCAUGGUUACGACCACCGUGCAAUCCAGCAGCUGUGGUCUUGUUUGCACACUUGCUCUUGGACUAUGCUCCCUCCCGCGGUCCCAGCCACCAGAGAGGCCUGCGCUUUUUCCUACAUCGUACAAACACGGCCACCGCUGCUGGAUUGCAGGGUGGUCUGUAACCAUGGAAACAAGCCGUGUAUAAUGUGAUGGAGAAACGAACCAAGCCAGCAAAGGAGGCAAUAUGGGCAAUCACAAUACACUAGUAAGUGCCUUGUAUUAACUUUCUCUACAUGAUAAAUGCCAUUUGCUGACGUGAGACCAUGUAUGUCAUGGUCACCCAAUUCAUUUAAAUGGCCUUAUGUAAUACUAUAAUUUAUGGCUGCUACAGGGUAAAGAACAUCUGCUUUUUUGUCAGGGGUCUCUCUAGAUGCCCAGUAUUAAAGAGCUUUUCUGUGAUGAGACAAUUGAUUUAAUAAAGUUUGGACUAUCCUCCUCUAAACACGUAUGGCUGAUGUAAAUAUAUUGCCUGAAGGUUAGCUGAACAUAAGGUUGCUUAAACAGGUUUCUCUUUUGCUGUUGCCUAAGCUUUAUUUUUUCAGAAGAGCAGAUGGAGAAACAGAUGUAGUAGACCUGAGUUAGUCAUUAGCUUGAUUUAUAAGGAAACCACUUCUCAUAUUUUGGCGUUUCAUGGCCAAGAUAAAAAUAAAAGCAGUAAGUGCCGGCCAGCGUUGGGGUUGUCUCACUUCAGCAAGUGGCAUUCAUCAUGUAGGGAAAGUU